AUGAAAAAUCUUAAGUUUUGUCAACCUCUUGUUCUCAGCUUAAAGAAAGGAUUAGCUAAAAGAUUUCAAAGAUACAUGACUUGCGAAAACUGUCAAAUAUCAGCUGUCUUAAUUCCAAAAUUUAUACUGAAUUGGGCCAAACCUCAUGACAAAGUUAUUAUAAGACAGGGACUGAUUGAUUAUUUGAUCUCAGAUAAUGAGAAGGAUGAUAAUACUGAUAAUAGUUUGUCACUACCCAUGUCAAUAUUCAGAUUACUGGAACUUGGAAGUGAUUCGGAAGAUGAUUUUUUACAGUUUGGGGACACUGUAGAAACAGAUUAUUUUCCUAACAAUAACGUACAAAUGUUGGUGGAUACCUAUCUAUCAAACACACUGAUAAAAACACCUAAUGAUUUACCUUUACCAUUGAAAAAAGCAUACAUAAGGUUCAAUACAGCGAUACCCUCAUCAGCUCCUGUAGAAAGGCUGUUUAGUGCAGGAGGGCAAUUGAUGGAAAAAAGGAAAGGAAAAAUGGCUGAUAAAAAUUUUGAAAUGACUUUGUUACAGAAAUAUAAUAAAUAUUUCAAUAUCAUGUGA